CCUCACCAACAUGGCCGCCACUAGUGCUCGUGUGGAAACACCGCCGAGCACGAACAUGUCUUUUAAGAAAGCGCUCGCCGUCGCGUCUCCCCUCACUUUACACAUCAUCGCGGAGUGUCCGGUGACAAAAGCGAGGGCGUGCGACCUGAAGCUGCCGCACUGUACCGUCAGCACGCCGGUUUUCAUGCCGGUCGGCACCCAGGGGACCAUGAAGGGAAUCACCGCCGAUCAACUGGACGCGCUGGGAUGUCAGAUAUGUCUCGGGAACACGUACCACCUGGGGAUGAGGCCGGGGCCCGAUUUGAUCGAAAAGGCCAACGGUUUGCAUGGAUUCAUGAACUGGAAAAGGAAUCUGUUGACGGACAGCGGAGGCUUCCAGAUGGUGUCUCUCGUCGAACUCUCGGAGGUAACAGAGGAAGGGGUCACGUUCAAGUCCCCCUACGACGGCGAAACCAUCCUGCUCAGUCCGGAAAAGUCCAUCGCCAUACAGAAUAGUCUCGGGUCGGACAUCGUGAUGCAGCUGGACGACGUGGUGAGCAGCACGGUGACGGGGCCGCGCGUGGAGGAGGCCACGCACCGAUCCAUUCGCUGGCUGGAUCGCUGCAUCGCCGCCAACAAGAACCCGCACAAACAGAACCUUUUCGCCAUCAUCCAAGGCGGACUGAACGCCGGGCUGCGCAAAACCUGUUUGGACGAAAUGACUAAACGUCCCGUUCCUGGCUUUGCCAUCGGGGGCCUGAGCGGAGGGGAAGAGAAGGAUGACUUCUGGCGGAUGGUGACGCUCAGCACUGACCACCUGCCUCGAGAAAAACCUCGCUACCUCAUGGGCGUGGGAUACGCCGUGGACCUGGUUGUGUGCGUCGCUUUGGGCUGCGACAUGUUCGACUGCGUCUUUCCCACCCGGACGGCGAGAUUCGGCUCGGCGCUGGUGCCCUGGGGAUCCCUGCAGGUGAAACAGAAGCAGUAUGCCAAGGACUUUCAGCCCAUAGACCCUGACUGCCAGUGUCCAACCUGCAAAAGACACAGCCGGGCGUACCUGCACGCUCUGUUUAAGAGCGACACCGCAGCCAUGCAUCACGUUACCGUCCACAACAUCGCCUACCAGCUCAACCUGAUGCGCUCCGUGCGACACAGCAUCGUGGAAGGCCGCUUCCCGGACUUUAUACGCGCCUUCAUGCGCCGAAUGUUCCCCUCCCGCGACCAGUACCCCGGCUGGGCUGUGGAUGCUCUCGCCUCCGUCAACAUCACUUUGGAGUAACGCCACAGACAAUCCUUUUUUUUUUUAUACUAUACAUAUAUGUGCAGCAGAGCGACAUAUUUCCUAUCUGUGCAGCACAGCGACAUAUUUCCUAUCUUUUUUUAAAAGGAUGAUUAUCGUUUUUUUGUUUUUUUGUUUUUUUAUUCGUUGUUUACAUUUGCAUUACCCUGUUUUGUGGGUGCGUGGGCGUUUGGGGAGAAAAGUGCAGCUUUAGUUGAACAUGAUGGAGCCUUUAUUAUGUGGCACGGCGACAACUUGCAGCCUGGGCAAAUUGUCCUCGGAGUAGACAUUAUGGUAAUGUGCCACUGGAUGAGGUUUAAAUGAGGAUCAGAAAGAAAAAAAGAACACACACAUGCACACAAACUGUCUCGAGGGAUGCGCUUGAAUUUUUGUGCUGUCGCCAUGGUUACGUGGCGAGGCCCACCCACUUGAAAGGAGAAAUGUUUUUCGCCUCGCCUGUCAUGCUCUCUGCACGGAUGAGCGUGUUUAAAGAAGGCGUGUCGUUCACCGCCGGCACGGAUAUGGUGAGCGCGUGCAUUUCGGCGUUCUGCUGUCCAUUGAUUGCAACAAGACGAGCGGAGUGUGUGCUCGUCUUUACGGCCAGCAGAGGGCAAAAUCUCAACAUAAACUGGUCAUGUAUACACGACCAAACAUUGGCAUCAAUAGCAAUUGGUCAUAGGUGAUAGAAACUGUGCACUUGCAGAUGAUUAACACAUUCACUGCCAUUGACGGCUUUAGAAGUCAAAUAUCCAUGUUAACUAGGAAGGCUGACAGUGAAUGAGUUAAUCGUGACUUUUAAACUACAGCUGUUGCCUUUGUCCUCUUUCACAUCACAUUUGCUUUGCAGUGUGUGAAUGAGCACGUGCUCCUCACACAUACUGAUUUUUAACAUCUUAAAGCUAUAAACUGCGAUUUGUGGCGCCCCCUAACGCUGGAGUUCAGCAUUACAACAAAUCCUUCAUGGCUACGAUAUGACGUAGGCUAACCGCUUGUCUGGCCUUCUCCUCCUCCAUCCAACCUCGCAUGCUUCCACCGCCUCCUGUGUGGCUCAGUCGACCUGCACACUCUACUCUUGUCAUGGCUUUUUGUUUGUUUGUUUGUUUUGUUUUUAAAUAGAUGUUGAUUAUAGUUUUAACAGACUUUUAAAAACUGUUAA